AUGAAAGCCAUCAUUGUCGAAAAACAAGGCGCGCCGGCCAAAGUUAGCUCAGACCAGGAGAUGCCUGAGCCGGGCGAGGACCAGAUUCUCGUCAAGUCGAUCUACACCGCUGUCAAUCCGGUCGACGCCUUCAUGGCGGACUGGGGCAUUCUCGUCGAAGAGUGGCCUUUUGUUCCGGGCAGCGAUGCCGCGGGUGUGGUUGUCAAGGCGGGAAAGGAUGCUGUUAGUCCUCUCGGUGCGCUGUUCAAGGAGGGAGACGAGGUGUUUGGAUGUACGAGGCUGGGAAUCAAGGGGUAUUCGCCAUGGCAGGAAUAUUUCCUGAUGGACGUCGCCGUCACUAUUCCAAAGCCCGGCAACAUCACUCUUGCGCAAGCCUCCACAAUCGGUGUUGGUGUUCUGACCGCGUUCUUUGGCGUCUUCGACGGGCUAAGGAUCCCGCUGGUUGAUGCAGAGAGUCUGCCGCCUGCAAAGGAUGAGUGGGUACUCGUCUUUGGAGGCGCGAGUGCCGUAGGCAAGUUCGCGGUGCAGACGCUCAAGGCUUGCGGGUACAAGGUGGCCACCACGUGCUCGGCGAAGUCCUUCGAUCUGCUCAAAUCUCUGGGUGCCGAUGCGACCGUCGACUACAAGAAGUCCGAGGCCGAUAUCAUUGGAGAAGUUAAGAGCGUAACCGGCGGCAAACUGGACCUAGCAUUCGACGCCGUAUCCGUGAACAACGGCCUCGCGUCCGCAAUCUUCAAAUCCCUUGCUCCCACCUCGCCAGCUACGGCGCGCCUGUACACCACGACCAAUGACUGGGAGCCUCUUCCAGACGCCUCGCUCGGCUUCACUUCCAACCCUAUUCUGCUGGGCCCGAUUGGUCGCCCUGGCGCCGUUGAGCCGAAUAAGCGCUUGAAUGAGUUCAUUCCGAUCGCGUACAAGCUGCUAGAGAGUGGCAAGUUGAAGGCGGGCGAGUACAGUGUGGAGGGGGAGGGCGUUGAAGGGAUCCUGAAGGCGUGGGAUGUGCAGAAGAGCGGGAAGAUGGGAAGCACCAAGGUCGUUGUUAAAGUAGCUGAUGUGUAG